AUGCCCACUUCCAACCGCGCGGUCAUCUACUCCGAGCCAGGAACUCUAAAGACGGAGGUCGUCGAGUUACCUAUCCCGAAGCCUGGAAGAGGAGAGGUUUUGGUGCGCCUGCUGUACUCUGGCGUUUGUCAUACCGAUAUCGGAUUUUGCAUGAACCACUUCCCAAAUCUGCCAGCUCCAACACAACCAGGUCAGAUUGGAGGCCAUGAAGGCGCUGGCCAAGUCGUUGCACACGGUGAAGGGGUUGAGUUUCCUGCUAUCGGAUCCAACGUAGGCAUCAAAUACGCCGCCGAUGCCUGUCUUACAUGUGACAAUUGCCUCGAAGGCGGAGAGUCUUCGUGUAAGAAAACCAAGAUAUCCGGAUACUUUACACCAGGGACCUUCCAGCAGUACUGCCUUGCCCCCGCUCACUAUGUUACACCCAUCCCAAGCGGCCUGGAUCUUGCCGCCGCCGCGCCGCUCAUGUGCGGCGGAAUUACAGUUUACACAUCCUUACGAACGGCCGGUAUGCGAGUAGGAGACUGGGUCGUCAUUUCAGGAGCCGGUGGUGGUCUGGGCCACUUGGCCAUUCAAUAUGCCAAAGCACUCGGUGGAAAGGUCCUCGCCGUUGAUACCGGGGCAAAGGAAGAACUCUGUCGCAGUCUAGGGGCCAACGAAUUCGUCGACUUCACCAAGUUUUCUACGGACGCGGAUCUCGCCGCUAGAGUAAAGGACAUCACCAGCGGCGGUGCACGAGUCGCAUUGAUGUGCGCGUCAAGCUCAAGGGCAUACGCGCAGGCAAUGUCAUGGCUUGGAUUUAGAGGAACCGUGGCCUGCGUUGGCAUCCCGGAGAAGGAGGGGGCCUUGAUCCCGAAUAUCGUCGCAAUGGUGACGGAUGAACUCAGGAUUAUCGCUACGAAAACCGGUAACCGACUGGAUGCGAAGCAGUGCCUAGAGCUUGCAGCGUCGGGUGGCGUUACUCCGCAGUAUCAGCUCCGCAAGAUGGAAGAUCUUUCAAGCGUAUUUGAGGAAAUAGAGAGUGGUAAGAUCCAGGGCAGAGUAGUUCUCGAUUUGAGGUAG